UUCUUUUCUUUUCCUUUUUCUUCUUCUUCUUCUUAACUUUAUGCCAUUUAGUUUGGUUACUAGAGCAACAUAUUAUAUGUACAAACCUUAUAAUAAGGUUAUUAUUCGAUUAAUUGUAACAUGGUUAUGGAUAAGCUAAGCCAAUAUGAACGUGUGUUCAACCACUUCGAUGAGAAUGGAGACGGCAAGAUAUCGGCAUCGGAACUGAAGCAAUGCGUGGAGGAAGUGGGUGGGGAGUUGUCGGCCAAGGAGGCGGAGGUGGCCGUAACAUUACUGGAUUUGGACGGGGAUGGGCUUCUGGGACUCGAUGAUUUUGUGAGGUUUGUGGAAGGAGGAGAAGAGGAAGAGAAAGUGAAUGAUUUAAGAGAGGCUUUUAAGAUGUAUGAGAUGGACGGGAGUGGUUGCAUCACACCAAAGAGCCUUAAGAGGAUGCUUAGCAGGUUAGGUGAGUCUAGGUCUAUAGAUGAUUGUAAAUUUAUGAUAUCUAGAUUCGAUCUCAAUGGAGAUGGAGUUCUUAAUUUUGAUGAAUUCAGGGUCAUGAUGUUGUAAUAUUAAUUAGCGUAGUAAAAUAGGCUAAAUCUGUUAGGUCAAAUCGUCCAAAAAGACGGAUCGAGAAAAAAUUUAAAAUUUGUCCAACACUAAAAAUUCGCCAAAACUGCACCGUCACAACCGUGGGUUAAGGCAGAGCGGGACGGAUUGUCCUCUUUUUUUUUUAAGGUUAUGUUAGUAAUUUUAUACAUGAUAUAAAUAGUAAAUAUAAAUUGAAAUUAGGAUACCAACAUUGAUUCA